AUGACUUCCUUGGUGCCACUAAAACUGACAGAUGGAGAUAAUACUUUAUGGAAUAACCCUAAACCAUGCUCAUUUUUGUAUUGUCGUCCAGUACAGUUUACUUUUGUAAAGGAGAGCGAAGCAGUUGUCAUUGAUCUUAAAAGACAAAUGGAUUAUGAAAUUAAGACCCUUAUCCCCUCAAAGUGCAGUAAUGUUAACAGGGUGACUCAUCAUCUAAUGAUGACAAUGAUCGACGCUAAAGUCUGCACGUACCUUUCUGAAGCCAGAUCAAAUGCAACGUGCUACCUGUGCUUAGCAAAACCUACAGAAAUGAACCGCUUAGAUGCUGUAACAUCAAAGAUUGCACGAUGGGCAGCGAGAAGUAAUGAGCACAAAGAAAUGUUGCACAUAAGAAAAAAAUGUAUUCAAAAUAAAUUCAAAGAUGAGCUCAAUUUGUUGGUUGAUAUAGUGAAACAAGGCUCGGGAACUAGCAAUGACGGGAAUACCGCUACAAAGUUUUUCAAGUUUCUCAAUAAAACUACAGCUAUUACCGGGUUAGAUGAAGAGCUAAUCAAAAGAUUUGCUGUGAUUUUACAAGCGAUAACAUCUGGCGAGACGAUCGACUUAAUCAAAUUUAAGGAUUUUACCCGCAAAACAGCAGAAAAGUACGUAGAAUUACAGCCCGUUCACACUAGUCGUAAAUUAGUAUUGACCAAGUGGACGAACUUACUUAAUGUCUGGAUCCGAACAAACAAAAAUGAUGAAAAAAAAUCAGGAUCAGGGGCAAAGUCGUCAAAGCCAUAUGUAUAUAAAGAGCAAAUGGAUUUUUUGCGUAAAGUUGCUAGACCUAAUCCUCCUCAAGAGUCUGUUGCAUCGCGUAUAUCUCAACCAGGGACAGAAGGCAGUACUCAGUUGUCUGAGAAUUCGCCACGAAGCACUUCGAAUAGACAAAAGACCAUGCCACCAGAGCAACAUAUAAUGGACUUAGAUGUCAAAAUGAGCGAGUUUUUAGACAGCAGGCUAUCACAACAAACUGAUCCCCCAAUUUUAUCAUUUUUUAAAGGUAUCCUACCCUCUGUUACGUCUUUCGACGAUGACGAAACGUUGGAGCUUCAAUCAGGUGUAUUAUCAUUGAUACAACAAAUCAAAAAGAAACGUGAAAACAGACUUUAUGCAAAUAAUUACAAUUACGCGCGUGAUAGCACACGGCGAUCGGGGUAUUCGACACAGAACUAUAAUUAUUUAUCUACCGAUGAAUCCGGAUAUUCCUCUCAAAACCAGGCUGUUCUUACCCCACAUGGGUCUGGAUAUGCAAGACGUCAAACGUAUGAGGAAGGAUCGCCUGCUACAUCUACUUGAGAAGUGAUCGAAAAUAUUUCAAACGACAAUGAAUCUGAAGAGACGCUUCAAGAUUAUACUGAUACUCCAACAACUGCACUAACUGAUACUCCAACAACAGAACUAACUGAUACUCCAACAACAGCACUAACUGAUACUUCAACACCUGUAUUUUUGCCCCAAAACCCCAACAUAGACAUUCGUACACUGUUAGGUAUGCCUAUUACUCCUGACACAAUUGACCGAUCACAAGAGACUCUAGGACAAACAACCCCUACAACCCAAAAUAUAGACAUUAGUCAAGUAAGAACCGAAAUAGACACAGCCACCGAUAGUAACCAAAUAGAAGUAAAUACAGACAAAAUACCAGAAAUAGAAGACGCAAUAGACAGACAGUUAAAACAGUUUCACAUUAGAAAAACACCAGGGAACACAUAG